GCACCUGUGAUUGGGACGCGAUUGGGUUCUUCCACAACUCUACAUGGCAACGAGCUGCUCGCUACGUACAUGGUGUUAUAGUUGACUUCAUGCACGGCGGAGCAACUGGAUGGGUGGACUGGAACCUACUACUCAACGAGAAAGCAUCACAUGCCAAUCGUGGAGGCCCCAACCACGCUGAUAACUAUUGCUAUGCACACAUCCAUAUAGACAACGCAAGUCAGCUAGUGAUUCAACCUUCUUAUUAUGCCUUUGGGCACAUCACUAAAUUCGUCGCCCCCGGUGCCAGGAUGGUCACUUCUGUGAAUGUUACCAAUUCCACAUCGAGUCCGAUCUUUACUAUUAACACACUAGAAGCAAUGGCUUUCGUAAAUGAGGCCAAAACUGAGUUGGAGAUUAUCGUACUCAGUAGUCAGGAAAAGGACAUUUCGGAUUUGAUCAUUGAGGUGCAGUUGCUAGGCGGGAAGUACCAGACCGUCCACGUUGGUGAAGUACCUGGCUUCAGCGUCACCACCGUUAUACUCCCUGGCAAUUUUUGAGCUUGACAAUCACGACUCUCGUUUAUGAAGCUUUUGCACUUCGAUUUCAUCGCCGUCCUAUCACUGUGACGUGGGUUUCGUUCAAUUUCCACUCGGGUGAUUGCGAAUUUCCACUCAGGUGAUUGCGAUUUUCUACG